UAAUCUAUACGUAUUGUCUGUAAACAACAAAAUUUGACGCUCCGAAUUAACAUCUUGAUAAAACAUUUUUUUUACUAUUAAGCAUGAAAGUAAAGAAAGUAGAUUAUAAAAAAUCUUUUAAAAAGUUAAAACAGCGUAUUAAAAGCUACGUAUUAGAAAACGCAUCUAUUGUGGAUGAGGUUUGCAUUUUACAAAAAGAGCUGGCCGCCGCUCGAUCGGAAAGACUAGCGCUAAUAGAAAGACUUAUGUUUUAUGAAGGACUUGAAAAAGGUGCUGUAGGGCAUGAUCAAUACUUAAAUGUUGGACACAUUCAGGAACACUCUAGUAAACACGUUGAGCAAAAUCAAAGUGAUAUGGUUUAUAAGGGAUGCGAAAAUAUAUUCCAUGAAAUGCCAACAUUAAAUCAGAAAAUAUUUCCCUUAAAAUUAAAUAACAUUUUAGUACACUCAAUUGGUGAAAUAAUUGCAGCAAAUCCUAAUUUUCAUACGGCGCAUUGGAUAUAUCCAGUUGGAUAUGUAGCAACACGAAUAUAUGCCCAUCCCCGAGAUCCGCGAAAAAAAUGUGUAUUUACAUGUAAAAUACUUAACAAUGCUGGAGUUCCUCAAUUUCAAUUAAUUCCGGACAAUGAUUUAGAUGGAGUAUUCUUCGGGGAAACGGCUAAUAAAUGUCAUCAAGAACUACUUAAUUGCAUACAGGGAUUUAUACAUGAAUCCUUAAAAGCUGAUUUUAAAGCAAAGGGAGAAGUAUUUUUCGGCUUAUCAAACCAAAAAGUCCAAUUUAUUUUGAUGUCAGAUGUAAGAAUUAAACAAUGUUCAAAAUUUAAAGGAUAUAUAUUGAAUGAUGAAAACGAACGGUGUGAAAAUAACGAUCCAGCAUUAUCCUUUGAGGACCUUCAACAUUAUCUUAGAUAAUGUGCUUUUAUUUAAAUAAACAAAUUCUUAAUGAAAGC